GCAGUUUUGCGUCGCGGCGGAAACCGGAAGAGCGAGGAGCGUUUUUACUUUCGUUCUUCAUUCGUUGGUUUUCGGGAUGGAGACGGCGCUGAACGGAGACUCAGUGGAGCCCAUCACGGUGCAUGAUUUCUCGGAGAAGGUUCUGGAGCAGCUCGUUCACUUCCAUGUGAUGAAGCUGAGUGGCGGGUUCUUCCUCUGGAUCGGGUCUGAGCCGGUUCUGUCCAGUCUGGCUCUGGCCGUCAGCAGCAAACACGAUGCAAUGCCUCUGUCCACUCUGGUUCUGGGCGACCCGUCAGACACGACUCCAAGCUCUCUUGCACAGAGACUCAGUAAGAUCUGCUUUAACCAAUCAAUUCAGUGUUUUACAGCUGAAGUGCAAUGCCAUCAAAGUGCAAUGACAUCCUCUUUCUUUUCAGCAAAGAAGACAAAGAAACAGGUUUUUGUAAGUUACAAUUUACCCCUGACGAACUCAAAUCUAGCGCUGCUGGUGGAGAACAGAAUCAAAAAGGAGAUGGAGCUUCAUCCUGACAAGUUUUAAACGUUUGCUGUUUUACCUUUCUUUUUGUACAUAGCUCAAUAAAUCUAAAGAAAAAAUCA